AUGGAACAAUGGUAUUUUCGUACUAUUCUCAUUUUUCUCUUCUUCGAUCAUUUGAAUUCUCAAAACAUUGUUGGAAACGAAAUCGAUUUCGAUAAGCAAAAGGUUGUAACAUUAGGACCACCACGAAAUGGCUCGCAGCGGGCAGUCUUCGAUGAAGUAAUAGUAGAUGACAACAACGGAAUAAUUGGUCAGUUUUUUUUACAGCCAUUCAAAUUUUGGUUUGCUUAUGUGUUCUGAGAAAUCACACAGGUGAGAAAUGACAUCGAUGCAUAUGAUGACAAAUUUGUGGAUUUACGAGGAGAGGAACCAUUGUUUAUACCGAAGCCAUAUCGAAAAGAGAAGGAGGAACAGAAGAUAACAAAACAAUCUAUCUCAAUAGCAGGAAGAGAUAAAUCAGGUAGCAUCAACUCACCUGCAUCAUUAACCACGCAUGCACAAAUACGCCCAAAUACAUUGAAAUAUAUUGAUGGAACUUCAACACCUAUUCAAUGGACUGUGCAACAACCGUUAGCUUCUCAGCCACCGAUUCGACAGCCACCAUCAUUACCACCACCACGACCUCUUCCACGAAAAGAAUUCCUACUUCAACCAUCAAGAAUUAUCUCUCAACAACCGUUGCCAACAAGUGCACCAUUCCGAUCUAGAACAAAUCCACAGGUGUCCCAAUUGAUACCUCGAUUACCUCAAUUUGUGAAUCAAUCACAGCAAUUUCAAACCAACUUCAUUGUACCGAUAACAUCGUCACAUACGACUGAAAGAACACCGUCCAUCACACUACCGAUCACACCAAGUGUGCAACCACCACAACCAUCUCCAAGGAUUGGCCUUCCGCCACCGUUGCAUUCACAUUCCAAUUCAUUAAGAACAGGAGUAUGUUUUGCAUCCAUUUUUUACAUAUCUACACCUAUGCGAAGCCCAAAAGUGAAUUCCUUUACACAUUUCGCUAUGACUGUAUCAACCGAUCAGUGUGCAAGAACUUGUCAUGAAUUUAAUUGCGCCUUAGCACAUUAUGAUCCGUUAACAGGACGUUGCGAAUUCAAUCCAUCGACAGCAUUUGCAAUACGUAAAGGACAAUGUCCUCCGUGGCCUUCCACCCAUUAUAAGAAUAACAUUCGAACAAAUAUUCCACUUCGUAUAUUUUGUGUGCAAUGUCAUCGAAAACUUCGAAGAGGACGAGUUAACAAACAAGGAAAUCAUCGUUUCACAACGACUGUUUUGAGGACUGUUCAUUCGGGAAAAAGGUUGCCAGGUUUACUAAAAAGUAGUGGAUUGGCACGAAUGCAUUCAGUACUCUCAAAGAAAUCGGAUGUAAUUGUUAAAUCAUCAUUUCGUAAUGUCAGUUCGAGACUUGAAAAGCAACAUAAGCAAAUUGUAUCAAAUAAUGGUAAUGGGCAAAGGUUUAUCAGUAAUGUUGAUCACCGUUGGGAUAAGAGCAAUCAGAAAUUGUGA